CUUCAAACGAGUUGCACCGGGUGUCUCCCACAAGCUAAUGUUAGGCUAGCUAGAUGUAGCCAGUUAGCUUUAGAUAAUUAUCAUCGUACGCAGCAGUACGGUGAACAUUUCAAACAGAACUGUUUAAGGACAGUGAUAGCACAUCAUAGCGUCAUCUGUUCACAGUGACACCGUUGUUAUCGUCAACGUCCUCUGAGUUAUUUCCAGCUUUAGCCGUGCAGCGUUAGCUCGGCUAGCCUGGCAGCGUAUGGGUUGUCAGAGUUAGCAGUGACUUCACUGCCUGUCUGGUUUCCUCAUCUGGCAUUUUGGACACGUCAAGAGGUUUCUCUAAUCUGAAUCUGGAUUUCGGGGGGGUGUGAUGUCAGAACCGAAAAGCCCCACUCCCACCCCUGCUGGCGACACGUACAAAGGAUGGGUCUUCAAGUGGACAAAUUACAUCAAGGGUUAUCAGCGGAGGUGGUUCGUUUUGAGCAAUGGUCUGCUGUCAUACUACAGGACCCAGGCCGAGAUGGGUCACACGUGUCGGGGCACAAUCAACUUGGCCACAGCAGUCAUCUCUGUAGAUGACGCCUGCAACUUCGUCAUCUCUAACGGCGGAGCUCAGACAUAUCACCUGAAGGCCAGCUCGGAGGUGGAACGUCAGAGGUGGAUCACUGCCCUGGAGCUGGCUAAAGCCAAGGCAGCCCGCAUGCAAGCUGAGUCAGACGACUCUGGUGACGACUUCCCCCCAUCGUCCCUGUCGGUGGGCGGAGGGCAGGGUGUGGGGUCCCAGAACUCAGAGGUCCAGUCUACUCUCAGAACACUAGGCAGUAAGGUUGAGGAUCUCAGCACCUGCAACGAUCUGAUUUCAAAGCACGGCUCUGCCCUGCAGAGGUCUUUAUCUGAACUGGACAGUUUGCGGCUGACCGGAGAGGCCGGGGAUAAGAUUCGUCAGGUGACGGAAAGAGCCACAUUGUUCCGUAUAACCUCUAAUGCUAUGAUUAAUGCCUGCAGGGACUUCCUGGCCCUGGCGCAGACUCACAGCAAGCGGUGGCAGAAAGCCUUGCAAGCCGAACGAGAGCAGAGAGUGCGGCUGGAGGAGGCUUUAGAGCAACUGGCCAAACAGCACAACCACCUGGAGCGAGCGUUCAGAGGGGCCGCGCAGGCUCACGCUAUCGUGGACAAUACAGGGGCCACUGGGCCACGAAAAGGUGAGGCAAGCGAUGAGGAUGAUGAUAAUGAGUUUUUUGAUGCCAUGGAGGAAGCCCCUGAGUUUAUAACCGUACCUGCAGACCCUCAGUUCCACAAACGUUCGAGCAGUAAUGCGAGCGGUUUGAACAGUGAUAUGUGUGCAGAUGAUCAGUCGCUCAACGAGGAGCCUCUGACAAUGAACCAGGAGUCGCCCUCUCAGGAGCUGGUGCCGCUGAAAAAGAGGCGAACGCGCAUCCCAGACAAGCCCAACUACUCUCUGAACCUCUGGAGUAUCAUGAAGAACUGCAUCGGCAAGGAUCUGUCCAAGAUCCCCAUGCCUGUGAACUUCAACGAGCCGAUCUCCAUGCUGCAGAGGCUGUCGGAGGACCUCGAGUAUCACGAGCUGCUGGACAAGGCAGCCAAGUGCCACAGCUCCCUGGAGCAGAUGUGCUACGUGGUGGCCUUCUGCGUGUCCGCCUACUCCACGACGGUGUACCGCACGGGGAAGCCCUUCAACCCUUUGCUGGGAGAGACUUUCGAGCUGGACCGCCAGAGAGAGAGUGGCUACCGCUCCCUCUGUGAGCAGGUGAGCCACCACCCCCCUGCGGCAGCGCAUCAUGCGAUCUCUGACCGCGGCUGGACUCUGAGGCAGGAGAUCACUGUUGCAAGCAAGUUCAGGGGCAAAUACCUGUCCAUCAUGCCCUUAGGCACAAUUCAUGCUAUCUUUGAGAAGAGCAACAAUCACUACACAUGGAAGAAAGUUACCACCACAGUGCACAACAUCAUUGUUGGGAAGCUGUGGAUUGAUCAGUCUGGAGAAAUCGACAUAGUGAACCACACCACAGGUGAUCGCUGCCACCUGAAGUUUGCUCCUUACAGCUACUUCUCCCGAGACGUAGCCAGGAAGGUGACAGGAGUGGUGAUGGACAAGGCCGGAAAGGCCCACUACGUGCUGUCAGGCACGUGGGACGAGAAGAUGGAGUUCUCCAGGGUCAUGCAGAGCAGUCGAGGAGGAGAGAACGGCACAGAGGGCAAACAGAAGACAGUUUAUCAAACCCUCAAAGCCAGAGAGUUGUGGAAGAGAAACCCAUUACCCGAGGGAGCAGAAUCCAUGUACUACUUCACCGCCCUGGCUCUGACCCUGAAUGAACCCGAAGAGGGGGUGGCGCCCAGCGACAGCCGGCGCAGACCCGACCAGCGUCUGAUGGAGGACGGUCGAUGGGAUGAAGCCAACAGUGAAAAGCAGCGGCUGGAGGAGAAGCAGCGCAGCGUCCGGCGCGAGAGGGAGCGGGAGGCCGCGAUCCAGCGUGCAUCAGGCCUCUCGGAAGAAGCUGUCGAUGAGGACUCUUUUGUUGAUCACUCCAUGAAAAGUGCACCUCAUGACUCACACAGAGCCCUGUGGUUUGAGAGCUGUGAGGACCAAAUCACAGGUGAGCAAGUUCACAUCUAUAAGGGAGGCUACUGGGAAACAAAGGAGCUCGGCACCUGGGAGGGCUGCCCAGACAUAUUCUGACCCCUGAAGCGCUCUAACGGGACUGACACUCAUCAGAGCCGCACGGACGGCUUCACAAAGCACCGGUUGUCCCCUGCUUGGACGGCUGCUUCCCUCCAGCAGCUCUCUGUUCUGAGAGAUCUCCCCCCUCCGGAUGGUCACUGCUGUCUGAUUCAGAGGCGCGCGAGACCUAGAAGGAUCUAGCCUUCUGCAUCCAAACAAGUCUCAGAAUCGACUUUUUUCCCCUGCUGUCACAUAUCCAAGAGGACUGGGAUUGAAUAUUUCUCAUCUUUUUCGGGGGGCUCUGAGUUGGUCGGUGCAGGGAAAUAAGCAGUGCUUCCAAAUUUGUUGAGUCUGUGCCCAAGUCAGAUUAGUUGGAGAGAAGGUUUCUUCAACUGUUCUGUGUGAUAAAACAAUCCACAGCACUAUCUACUUUGGUAAUAACGCUAAAAAAGGGUAAAACCUGGCUAAUAUGUAGUUAUAUUUAAAUGUGCUUACACUUUCAUUGAAAUGUCUACUGGUGGCCUUCAAAAUGUUUCUGUUUCUUUCUGAUUUUGUGUCUUAAUGUAAAGAUGUGAAGGUUUGCUUGUUUGUCUGCUUGUGGGUAAGACAUCCUAUCUGCUCUUCCAUUAAUGAAAAAAACAAAACACAGCUGCUGUGGAUUACAGCGAGCUAGAGAAAAGACUCGAUCAUCUAGAACACUUAUCGACCAUCAACACUGUCAUAUUUUAUACAUGGAACAUUCUUUUUUAACGAGGUCUAAAGGAAGAUAUGCCUAAAAAAAAUAAAAUAAAACACAAAUCACAACUCGGCUACAAGGUUGAAACAUGUAUCGCCUUAAAAAAGAGCAGCCUGCUCUCAUCUGCUCUUUCUUCACAGCUAAAUGAACAAAAUACCUGUAUUUAUGUGCGGUUUCUUCUACAAACACAUAAGAUGUCACAGGAAUAUUCGUAGUAAGAAGUAAAUUGAAUUUACUCUCAGUUGAAAUGCAAAUAAAGAAUAAUGAGUUUACAAAGUAUGGGUACACAAAAUACAAAUAAAAAGCAAAUAUUUGAGGUGAAAGUAAACAUCACAAACCCCCCUGUGUGUCUGCUGAGGAGUUUGUUUAUAUGCAAGUAUAAUUUAACACCAAAAACAGGAGUUGAAAUGUUUCCUUGUGCGUUUGUAUGUAUGUGGGUGUGAAUUUCAUAAAUUUGUAAGUGUACUUAAAAAUGAAGAAUUCAAACACAAAGAUGUGGCGAAUAACAACGAAUUUAUAAAUGUAUAGAAAUUCACAUUAUAGGUUUAUUUUUUUUUCAAAUGUCUGGUUCUUGUAAUGUGGGAGGACUGUCUUCAUUUUUCUGAAACAAAAAGGGAAUUAUGUACUUGACACAGAGUAGAGACUUGACAUUGUUCAGUAUUUUGUAUUAACACAAAAAAGUAAUAAAUACUGAGAUGUCAAAAAUA